AUGUCAACUAGAGUUGAUAUUCCUGCUGAAACAAGUGCUGUCGCUAAAGGAACAGCACCUCUAAUAGGAGAUUCCACUCAUGAAAAUGGAGGAUACAAGAAGGGGCUUGCUAUAUUCGACUUCGUUUCGAGGCUAGGUGCUGUAAUGGCAGCUCGAGCUGCCGCUGCCACAAUGGGAACUAGUGAUCAGACCCUUCCCUUCUUCACUCUGUUCUUCCAAUCCCAAGCUAGCUAUGAUGAUCUUCCCACUUUUCAGUACGUCAAUCUUUUAUUAUCUUUAGUUAAUACAAUGAUUAAUAUCUGCUUACCAUUGUUAGAUACUUAG